UCCCCUGCUUCUUCUUCUGCCUACACCAGCCCUCGUUGGGCACCUGCACGAUCAGGCAGCGUUCAGUAUGACGCUUGAGGACCCAACACCGGUCAUCGACUUGACGGCCUCACCAGAUGAGCCGGGAUGCCAGCACGGCGGCGGUAGAAAGAAGCGGCAGCCCGUUGACCUGGUAGCGGAGGAGGAGGGUGCCCGGCAGCGCAUCAUGCGCCACGCCCGCCAAGUCAACCAGGAGCGUGGCAUCAACGAUAGGCCGUUGGCGGGAGAGCGGCAAACAUGGGGGGGCGCCAGUUGCACUGCAGCGGCAGCCGCCGCAGGGCUCUGCUCUGCGCUGCCCAAUGAGCCAGCAGCGCCCGCCGCCGGAGCGCCUACCGAACAAGGUGGUGUCAGCAACAAGCUGCUGGCGGCGCUGCAUGCGGAACGCGUGGCCCGCCUCUCCCAGCACCAGGCCCAAGGGCAGCUGCCAACGCAGCGGCGCCACCCGCAGGCAGACCAUGGGACACAGCAGCAGGCACCGCAACAGGCGCCGUUCACCGGCAACCUGGCCGCAGCCCGUUCGCAGCAGGAGCAGCAGCAGCAGCAAGAGCAGCCCGAGCUGUCAAUACUGACUUGGAACGUUUGGUUCAUGGAGGACGUCCACGUUGCCCAACGCAUGGCUGCCAUUGGCGCCAUCAUCCAGGCCAACCAGCCACACUUUGUGUGCCUGCAGGAGGUGACGCCGCUCAUCUACGGGCUUUUCUGCUGUAGCCCCUGGUGGGACAGGUAUACCGCCUCGCCCUGCCCUGCCGGCGUGCAGUACUUCACCGUCCUACUCUGGCACCGCAGCGUGGGCAGCGUGCGGGGGUGCGACCAGCUGCCUUUCUCCAACUCUGUGAUGGGGCGCGACCUCAAGUCUGUGGCCGGCACACUGGGCGGCUGGCCGGUGCGUGUGGCAACCACCCACCUUGAGAGCCCAACGAGUUGGGAUAACACAUUCAGUGCGCAGCGUGUGGCCCAGUGCAAGCAGUCGCUCGCAGUGCUGGACAGGGCGCCCGAGGGCGAUGUGCUGGUGGCGGGAGACAUGAACUGGAACCCUGAUGAUGGCGCGCCGCCCCUUCCCGGCGGGUGGAGCGACGCCUGGCUGCACCUGCACGACGGCGAUCCCGGGUUGACAUACAGUUCCAGGGCGAAUCCCAUGCUGCGAAAGAGCCGGAUUCAUCGUCGGCUGGACAGAGUGUUUGUGAAGCUGCGGCGCUGGCGCCUGCACAGCAUGGAGUUGCUGGGGCAGCAGGCGCUGCCGGGGCUGCAGUUUGAGGGCCGCCCUGUGCUGCCCAGCGACCACUUUGGGCUGCUGCUGCGCCUGGCGCCCAACGAGAGCGCAUAAUCGUAGAAGUUCUGGACAGCCGCCUGCAUGGGUGUGACUGCACUGUAACUCUCGGCUG